GUCCCCUCCCCCCAGAUAACCCUUGCAGGGCAGGAGGAGCCCAGCCCCCAGGGGAGGCUCGUGGACCCCAAGCCCCCUCCUUGCCCCAGGGGGGGUCCCCCGACUCUCGCCCUCCAGGACCUGCCCUGCCAUUGGCACGGCCAGAUGUGCAGACGGGAGGGACAGAUGCGGACCCGCUAAACGCAGCCCAGGCUGGACUGGGAGCAGCCCCUGCGCGGCUGGUGCGCACUGGAGUUGGGAGGGGAGCCGGGGAAAGGAUUCCAUCCCCGCUGCAGGGGCUGAGACGGUACCUCCUCCCGGGCUGGAGCGGGAUCCCGGAGGCAGGCAGAGGAGAGCAAAGUGAGGAGGAGCUACCGGGACCGGAGGAGGGGGAAGCAGAACCGGGCCAGCCAGGUCCCGGCUCGGCUUCGAUCCGGCUCCAAAUGCCUGCAAAGGGGGGACCUGCGCUCAUCCAGGCGCCCACCUAGGGAAAGAGGCUGCAGCCCUGUGUCUGAAGCUUCCCCGAGCCAGAACCACCGAACCGAGCCAGAACCUUAUCCCGAACCCUCCGCAGUCCCCUAGUCCCACCCAGCAUGGCUGCUCCCUGUAGGUCCCUGACCCUCUAAUAACCCCCUCACGCCCCGGGCACAUUUUUCCUUCUCCCGGUUCGGACCCGGGUCUGCUGGCCGGAGGAUGGACGAAGAUGGACCGAGAGCAGCCGAGGAGCAGGACCCAGAGCCGGGCAAAUCCAAGACUUUCAUCCGCCUUAAUGACCUGUCCGGGAAUGGAGGUCGCUCGGGUCCAGGGGACAAGGACGCAGGAAGUGGGGACUCGGAGGUGGAGGGGCUCCCCUACCCGGCUCUGGCCCCGGUCGUCUUCUUUUAUCUGAGCCAGGAGAGCAGACCCAGGAGCUGGUGCCUUCGGGUGGUGUGCAACCCCUGGUUCGAAAGGCUCAGCAUGUUGGUGAUUCUCCUCAACUGUGUGACGCUGGGCAUGUUCCACCCCUGUGAAGACAUGGCCUGUGAUUCCCCGCGCUGCAGGAUUCUCCAGAGCUUUGAUGACUUCAUCUUUGCCUUCUUUGCUGUGGAGAUGAUAGUCAAGAUGAUUGCACUAGGGAUUUUCGGGAAGAAGUGCUACCUGGGAGAUACGUGGAAUCGCCUGGAUUUUUUCAUUGUCAUUGCCGGCAUGCUGGAAUACUCCCUGGACUUGCAGAAUGUCAGUUUCUCAGCUGUUCGGACUGUCCGAGUACUUCGGCCACUCAGAGCCAUUAACAGAGUUCCCAGUAUGCGCAUCCUGGUCACACUGCUCUUGGACACACUGCCCAUGCUGGGGAACGUCCUCCUCCUCUGUUUCUUUGUCUUCUUUAUCUUUGGCAUCGUGGGAGUCCAGCUGUGGGCAGGGUUGCUCAGGAACCGCUGCUUCCUACCUGAGAACUUCAGUCUGCCCUACACGGUAGAGUUGAAAAGAUACUAUCAGACAGAGAAUGAGGAUGAAAAUCCCUUCAUCUGCUCCCAGCCUCGGGAGAAUGGAAUGCGUUACUGCCGCAGUAUCCCGACACGGAGGGAAGAAGGCCUGGAGUGCACCCUGGACUUUUACGCCUAUAACGACACCACUAACACCUCCUGCGUCAAUUGGAACCAGUAUUACACCAACUGUUCUGCUGGGGAGCACAACCCCUUCAAAGGAGCAAUCAACUUUGAUAACAUCGGAUAUGCCUGGAUCGCAAUAUUUCAGGUCAUCACGCUGGAGGGCUGGGUGGACAUCAUGUACUUCGUCAUGGAUGCUCAUUCCUUCUACAAUUUCAUCUACUUCAUCCUUCUGAUCAUCGUGGGCUCCUUCUUCAUGAUCAACCUCUGCUUAGUGGUCAUCGCCACCCAGUUCUCUGAGACUAAGCAGCGAGAGAGCCAGCUGAUGAAAGAGCAGCGGGUCCGUUACCUAUCCAAUGCCAGCACGCUGGCCAGUUUUUCGGAGCCGGGUAGCUGCUAUGAUGAACUUCUCAAAUAUCUGGUUUACGUUGCCCGUAAGGCCAGCAAACAGGUGGUCAAAGGCUAUAGAGAGGCAGGGUUCAAAAUGGGUCUCCUCUCCAGCCCGAAGAAUAAGAGUGGGGCCGAGAGGCAGCCAUGCAAACAUCGGCAGAGGAAAAGGUCAUCAGUGCACCAUCUGAUUCACCAUCACCACCACCACCACCACCACUACCACCUGAGUAAUGGGAACCUGCGGGCACCACGCGCCAGCCCUGAGAUCAGCGAUGUGGAAACCAGCUCACUCCACAAUGGCACCAACAGGCUCAUGCUCCCUCCCACAACAUCUAAUCCCCAUGCUGCCCCCAACGCUGCUGCCAGCAACACAGAGUCCGUGCACAGCAUCUACCAUGCAGAUUGCCACUUUGAGCCCAUCCACUGCAGGUCAUCCCUCCCUCAGCCUGGCUUGAGUUUACCAAGCCCAGAGGGGCUCCCCAAGAAUGUGGUUGGCAGGAAGGUCUAUCCCACCGUACACCCAAGCACCUCCCAUGAGAUGCUGAAAGAGAAAAAUGUAGCAGAUUCUACAGUGAACCCUGGAGCCAGCACGCUAACCAACCUUAAUAUCCCUCCUGGGCCGUACAGCACCAUGCACAAGGUCCUGGAGACCCAGAGUACUGGAUUCUUUUCAGUCCACAGUACAGAUACGGGAGCUGGCUUUCCAGGUGCCUGUCAAAGUUCUUGCAAGAUUUCUAGCCAGUGUGGGAAACUGGACAGUGGUUCCUGCAACCCAGACAGCUGCCCCUACUGCAUCAAGACUCUGGCUCGUGACCUGGAGCUCACGGACAAUGAGACGGCGGACUCGGACAGCGAGGGGGUGUAUGAAUUCACCCAGGACGCCCACUACAGCGACCAGAGGGACCCUCAGCGAGGGAAAACCAGGGGCAGGAAAACCAGCCAAAUCCUGGCUUUCUGGAAAGUGGUUUGUGAGACGUUCCAGAAGAUCGUGGACAGCAAGUACUUUGGCCGGGGGAUCAUGAUUGCCAUUCUGAUCAACACCCUCAGCAUGGGGAUUGAGUACCACGAGCAGCCUGAGGAACUCACCAAUGCCUUGGAGAUCAGCAAUAUUGUCUUCACUAGCCUCUUUGCCCUGGAGAUGCUGCUGAAAGUCCUCGUGUAUGGUCCAUUUGGCUACAUCAAAAAUCCAUACAACAUCUUUGAUGGGAUCAUUGUAGUGAUCAGCGUCUGGGAGAUAGUGGGACAGCAAGGCGGGGGCCUGUCAGUUCUGCGGACGUUCCGUCUGAUGCGAGUCCUGAAGCUGGUCCGCUUCAUGCCUGCCCUCCAGCGCCAGCUAGUGGUCCUUAUGAAGACCAUGGACAAUGUGGCCACCUUCUGCAUGUUACUGAUGCUUUUCAUCUUCAUCUUUAGUAUCCUGGGGAUGCAUCUUUUCGGCUGUAAGUUUGCUUCGGAGCGAGAUGGAGACACCCUGCCGGACAGGAAGAAUUUUGACUCCUUGCUGUGGGCCAUCGUCACGGUUUUCCAGAUUCUGACUCAAGAAGACUGGAACAAGGUCCUCUACAACGGCAUGGCAUCAACCUCUUCCUGGGCUGCUCUCUACUUCAUCGCCCUUAUGACGUUUGGGAAUUACGUUCUCUUUAAUCUAUUGGUGGCCAUCCUGGUGGAAGGUUUCCAGACUGAGGAAAUCACCAAGCGAGAAGACGCGAGUGGGCAGUUAAGCUGUAUUCAGCUGCCUGUCGACUCGUCGGUGGGAGAUGCUUCUAAGUCUGAUUCUGAGGGAGAUCUUUUCCCUCAUAGCCUGGAAGAAGAGGGUGGACUUAAGAAAAACUUGUCAAACCCAGCCUUGAUGGUACUGAGCGACCUCCCAGAGCUGAAGAAGAGUCUGACCCCACCUCUCAUCAUCCACACAGCUGCCACUCCAAUGCCAAUGCCAAAAAGUGCCGUGUUCGGAGAUGCAGCUCGGGGCUAUGAAUCUCGCAGAGCCAGCAGUGUCUCCAUGGAUCCCAAUGCCUAUGAACUCAAAUCACCGUCCAGCAUACAGAGCUCUCCCCACAGCCCUUGGAGCGCAGCCAGCAGCUGGAAUAGUCGCCGGUCAAGCUGGAAUAGCCUGGGGCGGGCUCCCAGCCUGAAACGCCGGAGCCAGAGUGGGGAGCGCAAGUCCCUCUUGUCUGGGAACGGGAAGGAGAGUUCGGAGGAAGGGGAAAGCUCGGACGAGGAGAGGUCCAGCCGGGCUGGGAGCGUCAACGGCUCUUUACCUCACCGCAUGGCAUCGCUGGAAACGAAAGGCUCGUUCGAUCUCCAAGAUACCUUGCAGGUGCCUUCCCUGUACCGAACCAGCAGCAUGCACAGCAGCCGGACCGCUGCAUCAGAGCAUCAAGACUGCAAUGGGAAAACCUCCCCAGGCGUCUUGUUACAGCAGCUCCAGAUGGAUGAUGAUGACGCUGAUGAUGAAGGCAACCUGAGCAAAAGCGAGCGUGUGAAGGCUUGGAUAAGGGCACACCUACCUUCCUGGUGCAAAGAAAGGGAUUCCUGGUCUAUCUACAUCUUUGCUCCUCACUCUAAAUUCCGUCUGAUGUGCAAUAAAAUCAUCACUCACAAGAUGUUUGAUCAUAUCGUCUUGGUUAUUAUUUUCCUGAACUGCAUUACCAUUGCCAUGGAACGGCCAAAAAUUGAGCCCCACAGUGCUGAACGAAUUUUCCUGACGCUGUCCAACUACAUCUUCACCGUAAUCUUCCUGGCUGAGAUGACAGUUAAGGUGGUGGCGCUCGGCUUGUGCUUUGGGGAGAAGGCCUACCUGAAGAGCAGUUGGAAUGUGCUCGAUGGGGUGUUGGUUCUCAUCUCGGUCAUUGACAUCCUGGUUUCACUGGUAUCGGACAGCGGCACUAAAAUUCUUGGAAUGCUGAGGGUCUUGAGGCUACUGCGAACGCUCAGGCCAUUAAGGGUCAUUAGUCGAGCACAAGGACUGAAGCUGGUGGUGGAAACCCUGAUGUCAUCCCUGAAGCCUAUUGGGAACAUUGUGGUCAUCUGUUGCGCUUUCUUCAUCAUCUUUGGAAUCUUGGGAGUCCAGCUUUUCAAAGGGAAGUUUUUUGUCUGCCAAGGGGAGGAUACCAGAAACAUCACAAACAAAUCAGACUGCGCAGAAGCCAGCUACAAAUGGGUCCGGCACAAGUAUAAUUUUGAUAAUCUCGGCCAGGCCCUGAUGUCUCUGUUUGUUCUGGCCUCCAAAGAUGGGUGGGUGGACAUCAUGUAUGAUGGCCUUGAUGCUGUAGGAGUUGACCAGCAGCCAGUUAUGAACUAUAACCCUUGGAUGCUCCUCUACUUCAUCUCCUUCCUGCUGAUUGUGGCCUUCUUCGUCCUCAACAUGUUCGUGGGGGUCGUGGUGGAGAAUUUCCACAAGUGUCGGCAGCACCAGGAGGAGGAAGAAGCCAAGAGACGGGAGGAGAAGAGACUUCGCCGGCUGGAGAAAAAGAGAAGGAGUAAGGAGAAACAGAUGGCUGAUCUAAUGCUGGAUGAUGUAAUAAUGGAGAGCUCAGCCAGUGCAGUGCAAGAAGCACAGUGUAAACCCUACUAUUCCGAUUACUCUCGCUUCCGGCUCCUGAUCCACCAGAUGUGCACGAGCCAUUACCUGGAUUUGUUCAUCACUGGAGUGAUCGGUCUCAAUGUGAUCACCAUGGCCAUGGAGCACUACCAGCAGCCGAAGGUUCUUGAUGAGGCACUGAAGAUUUGCAACUACAUCUUCACUGUCGUCUUUGUCUUGGAAUCUGUUUUCAAGCUGAUUGCCUUUGGGUUUCGCCGGUUCUUUCAAGACAGAUGGAACCAAUUAGACCUGGCAAUAGUGCUGCUGUCUAUCAUGGGUAUCACUUUGGAAGAGAUUGAGGUGAAUGCAUCGUUGCCCAUUAACCCCACCAUUAUCCGGAUAAUGAGGGUGCUCAGGAUUGCUCGAGUGUUAAAGUUACUGAAGAUGGCUGUAGGGAUGAGAGCCCUGCUGGACACAGUCAUGCAAGCGCUGCCUCAGGUGGGGAAUCUCGGUCUUCUCUUCAUGUUGUUGUUUUUCAUAUUUGCAGCUCUUGGAGUGGAGCUAUUUGGCGACCUUGAAUGCGAUGACACUCACCACUGUGAGGGGCUAGGGCGGCACGCCACUUUUAGAAACUUUGGGAUGGCCUUUUUAACUCUCUUCCGGGUCUCAACAGGAGACAAUUGGAAUGGGAUAAUGAAGGACACGUUGCGUGACUGCGACCCGGAGUCCACCUGUUACAACACAGUCAUCUCGCCCAUGUACUUUGUCUCCUUUGUGUUGACGGCCCAGUUCGUCCUGGUGAACGUGGUGAUUGCAGUGCUCAUGAAGCACCUGGAAGAGAGCAACAAGGAAGCCAAAGAGGAAGCAGAGCUGGAAGCGGAGCUGGAGAUGGAAAUGAAAACUAUCACCCCAGGCCCAAUCCCAGCCUCUGACCUCUUUGCAUGGACAGGCGGUAAUGGUGGAGAAAGACCUGAGAGCCCCAGAGGAUGUACCAAUCCCAUGCAAUUCAAGGUGGAUUCUCAGCUCUCAUUAUUUUAUCCUAUGGAAAGACACUUGUUUGAUACCAUAUCACUGCUGAUCCAGGAAUCUCUGGAAGGAGAGUUGAAGCUGAUGGACAACCUGUCAGGCUCUGUGUGCCAUCAUUAUGCCCUUCCAGCUCCUGAAUAUUACAACUCUGAGAAACAGAUCCCUCUAGCUGAGAUGGAGGCUCUGUCUCUGACGUCAGAUAUUCUCUCUGAAAAGUCCUGGUCCUUAGCUCUGACGGAUGACUCUUUUCCUGAUGAUACUAACACACUCUUACUUAAUGCUCUGGAAAGCAAUACUGAUCACCUCUCCAAAGAUGACACUCUGACACUGUCCCCCAGCAAGGACUUGCUGAGUGUGAGAAAGCCUUCCGUAGGUCGCACCCACUCUUUGCCAAAUGACAGCUACAUGUUCCAGCCGCCGUACGCUGGCUCCUGUGCCAACUCCCAGGCCGAGAGGAACGCAUCUCAUCAGAAAUCGCAGUCAGGUUCAACAGCCUCCGUGCGGUCGCAGCCUGCUGACACCAGUUCUCUCCUGCAAAUCCCAAAAGAUCAUUUUCACCACAUAAGACCUCAUGGCAAUUUGGACUGGGAAAGCAAAUCCAAGAUCCCCCCAACUGUGCAUUCUCCCUCUGCAGAAAGAUUACUUCGUAGGCAGGUCAUCAGCAAGCAGGAUUUGAACCCUUUACCUUCAGCACAGAUCUCCAUGAAUUUAGUGGCUAGGAGUAGCAGCUACUUAUCUUUUGAAUACCAUCUAGUGGAGAGGGUACACAGCAAACUCAAUCACUGUGUUAUACUUAGUCAAGUGUAUUUCUUGUGUUUGAUUUGCUUGGGUGGCAUCAUCGAGGAUCCCAACAUUUCGGUGCACACCAACAAUCCGGACCUAACACCGUGUUUUCAGAAUACCAUCUUAGCAUGGAUCCCUAGCAUUUACCUCUGGGCUGUCUUACCCUUUUAUCUCCUUUAUCUAAAACACUACAAAAGAGGAUACAUCGUACUCUCCAUGCUGAGCAGGUUCAAGACGAUUUUAGGUGUUCUGCUGUGGUGUGUGUGCUGGGCAGACCUAUUCUUCUCCUUCCACGAACUCCUACAAAGCAGAACCCCACCCCCUGUCUAUUUUGUCACUCCCCUAAUUGUUGGCAUCACAAUGGUGUUAGCCACAGUACUCGUUCAGUAUGAGAGGCUGCGAGGGAUUCAGUCCUCAGGAGUGCUCAUAAUAUUCUGGUUUUUGUCUGUUCUCUGUGCCGUGGGUCCUUUCCGGUCCAAGAUCAUUGCUGCAACAGCUCAGGGCCAAAUAAAAGACAGGUUCAGAUUUACCACAUUUUUCAGCUACUUUGCACUGAUACUCAUUGAGCUGAUCCUUUCGUGUUUUAAAGAAAACCCUCCAUUUUUCUCCCCUAUUAAUUCAGAUCCUAAUCCAUGUCCGGAGUUAAAUUCAGGCUUUCUUUCAAAGAUGACAUUUUGGUGGUUUACACGCAUGGCAAUUCUUGGUUAUAAGAGGCCUCUGGAAGAUAAAGACUUAUGGUCACUAAAUAAAGAUGAUACCUCCAGUAUAAUUGUACAACAACUGCAUAAAGAGUGGGAUAAACAAAAAGACGAAAGGAAACAGAAAGAAGACGUGGCAUACGUGAAGACAUCUAACCAUGUGCUGAACCAUGUUGGUGAUGGCCCAGAGGAGGCAGAAGUUCUGAUCCGGGAUAAGAGGCAGCAUAAAGAGCCUUCCUUCCUCAAAGCAUUGCUAAGAACUUUUGGCCCAUACUUCUUGAUCGGCUCUUUCUACAAGCUGAUCCAAGAUCUGCUUUCUUUCGUCAACCCUCAGUUGUUAAGCAUAUUAAUUGGCUUCAUUAAGGAUAAAGAUGCCCCAUCCUGGUGGGGAUUUUUGAUUGCAGCUUUGAUGUUUUUCUCUGCCGUGCUGCAGACUAUAAUACUUCACCAACAUUUCCAGUACUGCUUUGUUACUGGGAUGAGGCUGAGAACUGGCAUCACUGGGAUGAUAUACCGAAAGUCCUUGGUCAUCACAAACUCAGCAAAGCGCUCCUCUACUGUUGGAGAAAUUGUCAACUUGAUGUCAGUGGAUGCCCAGCGGUUCAUGGAUUUGGUGACUUUCCUGAACAUGUUAUGGUCGGCACCACUUCAGAUUUGUCUAGCUUUAUACUUCCUCUGGCAGACUUUAGGGCCUUCUGUGUUGGCGGGGGUUGCAGUGAUGAUCUUACUAAUCCCAUUGAAUGCUGCAAUUGCGAUAAAAACCAGAGCGUUCCAGGUGGAACAGAUGCGGUAUAAAGAUUCCCGCAUUAAACUAAUGAAUGAGAUUCUGAGUGGCAUAAAGGUUCUGAAGCUUUACGCGUGGGAACCAUCCUUCCAGGAGAAAGUGCUGGAGAUACGAAAGAAUGAGCUCCGGGUUCUGAAGAAAGCAGCAUAUCUAAAUUCUUUGUCCACUUUUGCAUGGAUCAGCGCACCAUUUCUGGUUGCACUGACCACAUUUGCAGUAUAUGUCAGUGUGGAUGAAAAUAAUAUUCUGGAUGCAGAGAAAGCCUUUGUCUCCCUCUCCUUGUUUAAUAUCCUAAGGUUUCCACUCAACAUGCUUCCACAGGUCAUUAGCAACCUUGCACAGACAAGUGUUUCCCUGAAGAGAAUUCAGCAGUUCCUGAGUCACGAUGAGCUUGAUCCAAAUUGUGUGGAAACCAAGGUGGUUACUCCAGGCUACGCCAUCACUGUAACAAAUGGGACAUUCAGCUGGGCAAAGGAGCUCAAGCCGUCUCUGAAAGAUAUAAAUUUGUUGGUCCCCAGUGGUUCUUUGGUUGCUGUUGUUGGCCAUGUUGGCUGUGGGAAGUCUUCACUGGUAUCAGCUCUUCUUGGUGAAAUGGAAAAGCUAGAAGGACAUGUGGCAGUGAAGGGAUCUGUUGCUUAUGUUCCACAACAAGCCUGGAUUCAGAAUGCCACCCUGAAAGAUAAUAUUUUGUUUGGCCAACAACAUAAUGAACAGAAGUACCAAAAUGUCCUGGAGGCCUGUGCUUUAAAAACUGACCUUGAAGUACUUCCAGGGGGAGAUCAUACUGAGAUAGGAGAGAAGGGCAUCAAUCUUUCGGGUGGCCAAAGGCAGAGAGUGAGCAUUGCCCGCGCUGUGUUCAGUGACGCUGAUGUGUACCUGUUAGAUGACCCUCUUUCAGCUGUGGAUUCCCACGUUGCUAAGCACAUCUUUGACAACGUUAUUGGACCAGAAGGGGCACUUAAAGGAAAAACCCGAAUGCUAGUGACCCAUGGCGUCACCUUUCUGCCUCAGGUGGACCAUAUUGUGGUCCUUGUGGAUGGCAAAAUCUCUGAAAUGGGAUCCUACCAAGAGCUUUUGAAGCAAAAUGGGGCUUUUGCAGAAUUUCUUCGAAAUUAUGCACCUGAUGAAGACAUAGAAGAGGAUGAGCUAACAAUGCUGGAGGAUGAAGAGGUCUUGCUCGCUGAAGAUACACUCAGCAACCACACUGAUCUGGCAGAUAACGAGCCUGUGACAAACGAGGUCCGCAAGCAGUUCCUUAGGCAAAUUAGUGUGAUCUCUUCAGAGGGAGAAUGUCCCAAGAAGAUGUCCACGAGAAGACGAGUGUGUGAAAAGAAGUCUGCAGAGCCGCCUCAACCACAAAAAAUUCUCACUGAUAAGCUCAUUCAGGCAGAAACCAGCGAAACAGGAACGGUAAAGCUGACAGUGUUCUGGCAGUACAUGAAGGCUGUUGGCCUCGUGACUUCUUUAGUUAUAUGCUUCCUGUAUGCCUGUCAAAAUGCUGCUGCGAUUGGGGCCAAUGUAUGGCUUAGUGACUGGACCAAUGAACCUGUCAUAAACGGCACUCAGCAUAACACAAGCAUGCGAGUCGGAGUAUAUGCUGCUCUGGGACUCUUGCAAGGCCUGCUCGUGCUGAUCUCUUCCUUCACCCUGGCGAUGGGUGGCAUCAACGCAGCCCGAACACUCCAUGCUGCGCUGCUGGAGAACAAGUUUCACACCCCACAGUCUUUCUUCGACACCACUCCCACAGGCCGAAUCAUCAACCGCUUCUCUAAGGACAUAUAUGUGAUUGAUGAAGUGAUACCACCCACCAUCCUGAUGUUCCUAGGAACCUUCUUCACCUCUGUGUCAACUAUGCUUGUAAUCAUAUCGAGCACCCCGCUCUUCGCUGUGGUUAUAAUACCUCUAGCAAUUAUAUAUUUCUUUGUACAGCGGUUCUAUGUGGCUACCUCUCGCCAGUUAAAGCGCCUGGAAUCUGUUAGCAGAUCCCCCAUAUAUUCCCAUUUUUCGGAAACAAUCACAGGGGCCAGUGUCAUCCGAGCCUACGGGAGAGAAAAUUCCUUUGUAUGCCUGAGUGACUUGAAAGUGGAUGAAAAUCAGAAAAGUUAUUUUCCUAGCAUUGUUUCCAACAGGUGGCUAGGUGUUCGAAUUGAAUUAAUAGGAAACUUUGUUGUCCUGUUUGCUGCCCUCUUUGCUGUGUUAGGUAAAAAUAGUUUGAAUGCUGGCCUGGUAGGACUGUCGGUAUCCUACGCAUUACAGGUGACAAUGUCUCUGAAUUGGAUGGUGCGGAUGACUUCGGACCUAGAAUCCAACAUUGUGGCUGUCGAGAGGGUGAAAGAGUAUUCAGAAACUGAGACUGAGGCUCCCUGGAUAAUUGAAGACAAGAGGCCACCGGAAGACUGGCCAACACAGGGGGAGGUGGAGUUUGUUGAUUACUCAGUAAGAUAUAGGAAAGGCAUGGAUCUGGUGCUGAAAGGCCUCAGCCUCAGAGUGAAAGGUGGAGAAAAGAUUGGAAUUGUUGGAAGAACUGGAGCUGGGAAGUCCUCCAUGACUCUCUGCCUCUUUAGGAUUUUGGAAGCUGUAAAGGGAGAAAUUAAAAUAGAUGGUGUGAGAAUUUCAGAGAUUGGUCUUCACGACCUACGAUCCAAGAUAACAAUUAUUCCUCAGGACCCUGUUCUUUUUUCUGGAACGCUGAAAAUGAAUUUGGAUCCAUUUAAUAAAUAUUCCGAGGAUGAAAUAUGGAAAGCUCUUGAGUUGUCGCACUUGAAGAGGUUUGUCAGCAGUAAGCCCAAUACGCUGGAGUACGAAUGCUCAGAAGGGGGAGAAAAUCUCAGUGUCGGUCAAAGGCAGCUUGUCUGUUUGGCAAGAGCCCUCCUUCGCAAAACAAGAAUCCUAGUCCUGGAUGAAGCCACUGCAGCUAUCGACCUCGAGACAGAUGAUCUCAUUCAGAUGACAAUAAGAACUCAGUUUGAAGAUUGCACUGUACUGACAAUAGCACAUCGACUGAACACAAUAAUGGAUUAUACAAGGGUUCUCGUUCUAGACAAAGGAACAAUAGCUGAAUUUGAUACACCUUCAAGCCUUAUAGCAUCAAGGGGUGUCUUCUAUGGUAUGGCUAAAGAUGCUGGACUAGCAUAGCAAGACUUUUAUACCAUUGAACGACUGACUCAUCCCAAAAGUGACUCAUGAAUGUACUGUAUUUUACAGAACAGUCUUUGUAAUAGACUAAACUUGUGAUACAUGAAUUGUUACAACUUAUGAUGAUGAGAAAAUGAAAUUUAUAUUUUUAAAAAUAUUUUAUAUAUACAUAAAGUAUUUUAUUAACUGCUUUUAUUUUUUCUUAAAAGAAUGCCAAAUAUCCUGCCAAGGAAAUGUAUGUAUCGCAAGCCAACAUGUAUUGUAUUCUGGUUUAUCAUUAGUAAAUUAAAACUAGUGAUAUAAAA